CAGACAAGAAGUGAGAGCCUCCUGCGGUUGCUGGGCUCACACCAUGAAUGGAGAUGAUGGGAGGAUGGAACCUUUUCGGACCCGCGUCGGAGCGCCGCAGCUGGACUGCACGUGUCACCUGAGAGCUCCGACUGCUGGCAAACAAAACGGCCUGCGGAAAUCUCCGGAGCUCAGCCCGAGGCGCCUGUCCGACAUCAGCCCCCAGCUGCGGCAGCUCAAGUUCCUGGCCGUCGAGGAGUCCAUCAAAGAGGAGCUGAAGGUGUCGCGCUCCGUGGAGGACAUCAACAGCGUGUCCAUCGAGGAGAGGAUCCUGAGGAUCACCGGCUACUACGGCUACCACCCGUGGAACACGCUUUACACCGGUGAGAACGCGACGGUGCCAGACCGCAGGGAGGUGGGCGGGUCGGGGGCGGAGACGAGGGGCGUGUCCCAAAAGCUGCGCCACUGUGCUCGAGAAGCGGCCGUCCACGCCUGGGAGGUCCUGUGGGGCGUGGCCAUGAUGCUGUGUGUGUGUUUAUCAUGGGUGGGCGCCACCCAGUUGGCCAAGGUCACCUUCCGGAAGGUCAACGCCCCUUUUGCCCUCACCUGGUUCGCCAGCACCUGGAACAUCUUCUUCUUCCCCCUCUACUACCUUGGUCACCUGUGCAAAGGUGGUGAGAGGCAGACGCCCCGGCAGUGCUACAGAGAGUGCUCCAGGUUCUUCGGUGCGGCCGGCCUCACGGUGAAGGCGUUUCUGCUCAAGGUGGCUCCCUUCGGCGUCCUCUGGACCCUGAGCACGUACCUGUACCUGCAGGCCCUACGCAGGAUCCCCAGCACCGACGCUGCCGCCCUCUUCUGCUGCAGCAAGGCCUUUGUUUUCCUGCUCUCCUGGAUCGUGCUGCGCGAUCGCUUCCUGGGCGUCAGGAUCGUGGCGGCCAUACUGGCGAUUGCCGGCAUCGUCAUGAUGACGUACGCUGACGGUAUCCGCAGCCAUUCUCUCGUUGGCAUCAGUCUGGCAGUGGCUUCAGCGUCCCUGUCUGCUGUGUACAAGGUGCUCUUCAAGCUGAUCCUGGGCAGCGCCGAGGUCGGCGAAGCGGCACUCUUCCUGACUGUUCUGGGCUGCGCCAACAUGAUCGUGGUCAGCUUCCUCCCCGCUGUGCUCUACGCGUUGGGAACUGAGCGCUUCGGCCCGUCCCCUGAACUCCCGUGGGCGUGUCUAUGUGGCGUGGCCUUGCUGCUGCUUGGGUUCAACGUCCUGGUGAACUUUGGCAUUGCAGUGACCUUCCCCACAGUGAUCUCGCUGGGUGUGGUGCUCACCGUGCCCCUCAACGCCCUCGUGGACGUGUACACAUGUGCGGUGCGCUUCAACUCGGUGCGUCUCAUCGCCGUGCUCGCCAUCUGCCUGGGCUUCCUGUUGCUCCUGCUCCCUGAAGACUGGGAUCAAGGCCUGAUGAGGAUGAGCGCGUGUCUCUGCCGACAACACCAGCCAGCAGAGGACGACGUGGAGCUGGGGGCCGGUUCAAGACCCAGCUCAAGAUCCAGCUCAAGACCUAGCUCAACACCCAGCACAGCACCCAACUCUGGGCUCCACUGGAGCCAAAGUGCCAGGAUGCCCAAGUGCAUUGUGGGACACUGAGCCCGAUCCCCUGCCCUUUGACCCUUUGUUUGAGGCACCCCGAGGUCCACUGGUCUAGUUCCAGCUCUUAACUAUUUCACCUUGGCUGGAAUUUUGGCUUCGUUCCUUCGCAUGGUUCAAACCACAUUAAAUUGAAUUAAACUAAAUUUAG